GAUGCGGUUCAGUGUUUCACACAGAGAAAAGAGGCUCGCGCGGGUGGAGACUGACUGACUGCUAGCACAUUUAAAUCCCCCGGGUCGGUUUUUCCAGCUUUUUCGGCAACGAUAACUUUUUCCUUUUUGUGUUUUUUGUUCUGCCGUUGGAUUCGUUUCGAGCGGGUUUUCAUGUCGUAAAUGACAGGUCUGUAAAAAAGGGCGUCGUUGUUGGGAAGUUCUUUUUUUUCGGCGGAGGGGGGGGGGUGUUUUUUUUUUUGGACCAGCUUUCCUUCAGAGCCAUGGCAGUCGAGGCUCGGCCGGAGCUGGUCGGGAAGCGGUUCCUCUGUGUCAGCGGGGACGAGCCCCCUGAAAUCGCCGACAUUGCUCGGUGGCCAUGGAGGUCCGGGGUCAUUAGAGCCGUCAACCACCGGGACAACGACAACCUGGAGCUGACGGUAUACGUGGAGUUUGAUGACCAGGAGUGGGAGAAAAGAGAGUGGGUGAAGGUCUAUGAGGAUUUCCAGCUGUUUCUACUGGAGCACCAGCUGGUCUGGGCCAAGAGGAAGGAGGGAGCAGGCACAGGAGGAGGAGGGUGUGGAGGUGGAACAGCAGCAGCAGCAGCAGGAGGAGGAGGAGCAGGAGCUGGAGCAGGUGGAGGAGCAGGAGGUCUGCUGCAGGGACCCAAGGCCAAACACAUCCAGUGGCCUGCCCUGUCCUUUAAGCCAGUGGUAGGGAAGAGCCUGUUGUCAUCGGUAACAGCAGUGGAAUUCUUGUUAGACCGACAGCUGGACUUCCUGUCUGACCGUUCAUCCUUCCAGCCGUACCAGGAUGAAGUGGACAGUCAGAACCCCGUGUUAAGAGACAACCCUCAGCUCCACGAAGAAGUGAAGGGUUGGCUCAAAGACCAGAAAGUGCAGGAAAUCUUUAUGCAAGGUCCAUAUUCGCUGAAUGGCUACCGUGUGCGUGUAUACAGACAGGACUCCGCCACCCAGUGGUUCACUGGCAUCAUUACACAUCACGACCUCUUCAGUCGAAACAUGGUCGUUAUGAAUGACCAGGUGCUAGAGCCUCAGAAUGUGGACCCAUCCAUGGUUCAAAUGACCUUUCUGGAUGAUGUUGUUCACUCACUGUUGAAAGGAGAAAACAUUGGCCAUCACCUCCAGCGAAGGCCAGAUCGAGCCAAACAACACACUGCCCACAUGGCGGGAGGGAGACCCGGCGGGACCACUGGCAACACUCAGAGUCAUUAUACGCGAGCCCAAGCCAACAGUCCCCGUCCCAUCAUGACCUCGUCAGGACCCAACCCCAAAGGUUCCCAGGGAACACUGGCCUCUCAGCAACAGAGCCAAUCACAGCAAAGCCAGCAAACAGCCAGCCAAUCACACCACUCACCCAGUGGAAGUGGGCGGGAGCAGAGAGAGCAACGGAACUCCCGCUCUUCAAGGAGAAAAGGAUCAGACAGCAGCGUUCCAGAGGAGGACAAGGACAGGAGAGAGGAGUCCACAGGGAGAGACUUGAAGUCAAAGGCCAAACAGGCAGUUAACAAACGUAGAAAAGGAGAGGAAGAUGAGAAGAAAGCAGGGUUAAAGAGGCUGAAGACUGACUUAACAUCUGAUCUGUCAGAGAGCAGUGACUCUGAAAACCCCCACAAUAAGAGGACAGUCCACUCCUCCUGCUGCUGCUCUUCUUCCUCGUCUUCAUCCUCGUCAUCCUCCUCCUCCUCCUCUUCCUCAGAGCCCAACUCUGAAAAUGAGUUAAAGACUCGUAGCACCGAUGGCAAACAAAGUGCCGUGUCCAAAAUGGAGGAGGAUGAGAAGCCACUGAUGGCAGGUGUCAAAAUCAAUGACUCAUCAUCUCUCAUUGGCCGCCUGUCUCCAUGGGCGGAGCUUCAAGCAUCAGAAGACAACAAGAAGGGAGUUGUUAAGGAAACAAAUAAAAUAUCGAAAGAGGAGGAGGAACUUGUGGCAGUAACGCAGAUCACCCAGUCUCCACAGCAACAGACGUCACUGAUGUCUGACGGCGUCCAGAGCAGCAUCCAGGGCAGUGUCAUCGACAACAGCAAGAACGCCAUGAAAGCCUCAUCUCGGUCACAGACGCCGUCCCUGUCUCAUCUCCACGGCGGUGGUGUGAUUGACAUCACCGACGAUGCCCAGGCCACCGUUCACCAGGAGAGUUCAGAGGCGGUGUCGGCGCUGCUCGCCUCCCAGAAGGCUGAGUCCACGGCUCUGUCGCCUUAUCUUCCCCUCAACCCCUCCCCCGUGUCCUCACCUCCUGUCCCACCAUCACCCUCCCCAUCAGAGGGGGGCCGUAGAACGGACAUUGACCCUCCCACACAGCAGCAGGGGAUUAUGGGAGGGAGCAUCACAGCAGCCAGGAGUUUAAGCCACAAGAUGGAGUUUGCUCCCUCUGAGGUCAUCAGACCGGUCACAUCCAUGGCUGAAAACGUGCUGGUGGAGAAGGAGAAGACUGUCCUUCCUCAUCAUCAUCAUCUUCUUCAUCAGCAGCAGAACACACAACAGCAGCAGCACUACACACAUAUCCACCCCAGUAUCAAGAGCCCGUCCCUAUCUGAGGAGACGAAAACACCAUCAUCAUCCUCAUCAUCAUCAUCAGCAGCAGCAGCACAGCAGCACUCCCACAAGAUGAACGCGGUCCUGUCCCCUGACUUACCAAAUUCCAAAAUGAGCCCCAGUCCCAACCUGAACCCACACCUGGACUCCCUUAAACAGAAACCCCUGCACCCCAACAACUCUCAGAGCCAUCCAUACCCCAACACAAACCCGGGUGACCUCCUGAAGGCCAAGCCCCCCCCAGGCCUACUGGACGCCUUUAAACCUAAACCCAACACCUCCCCAGAAGUGUCCAAACAUAAAAUCUCCAGAUAUGCAGACACUUCCCCUCCUCCGACGGGCCGUUUGUCCACUAAAGUAGAAGCAGCAGAAACUCCCCGGUCCAGUUUUAAGCCAGUCCAGGCCCGGUCGGAGUCGGGGGGUAGCACCCCCAGCACCACCAAGAGCCCCCUGAUCAUCGACAAGAAUGAGACCUUCACUGUUUACAGGGACCCAGCACUGGUCCGCUCUGACACCGAGAAUUCCGCGUCCGCCAGUGUCUCAUCCAACCACGUGGCGGCGUACCUCCACCCCCACCUGCACCCACUGCACUCCCCCUCGCCUCAUUCUCCCUGUCUCACCCCCGCCUCGCACCCCCAUGCUGCCUCACACCUCCUCGCCCCUCCUCACACCACAGCCCUACCUCACCCGCAUCUCUUACCCCCAGGGGUGCUCCCAGCUAUGCCCCCGCCCACAGCGUCGCUCCUCGGAGGACACCCCCGUCUCGACUCCCCCAGCGGGUUGGGUCACCUGGCCUUGACCCACCCAGCGGCGGCGGCGGCGCACCAACAACAGUUCCUCCAGGGUCAGGGUCCUCCACCCCCUCCUCCUCUGCUGGCCCAGGCUCACAGCGGGGCAACAGGCCUGGGUCUACCACUCCUCUGGCAGUACCCCAAUGGAACACCAGCCUCAUACCCCCCAGGCCUCAACCUACCCCCCACGGCCAAGUGGGUCCACCCUGAAAACCCUGUCACGGUGAACUCAGAGGUCUCUCUGAGGAGGAACACAGCCAGUCCGUGGUUGCACCAGGCCGGUGGUUCUGCUGGAGACAGUCUGGGUUUGCUGAGCCAUGUUCCUGUCCGACCAGCCAGCGCUGACCCCCACCGCCCCCCAGUGAAGAUCAGCACCCCCAGCCCCCCUCUGUCCAAGGCCAGUGUGGACCUCCAUAAAGAAGACAUGGAAAAGAAGGCGUUCAUAGAUCCAAUCAGGACGUUGACGUUGGCCCAGCUGAAACAGGAGCAGACAGACAGGAGUCGAACCCCCACAGGGAAGGAAGUCCACCUGCAUCGACUCUAUUCUCUGGACCCCCACAGCAAACUACGCCUGGCAAACAGUCAGGAUGCAGUUCAGGCGGCGGACCGAGCCAUUAAAUAUAAAGAGGAGAAUCGCCAAAUCCUGAAAGAGAGCAUUGAGGUUGCACCCUACACCGCUAAGAUCCAGCGCUCCGCUGACCCAGUCCUGGACAGGGACCGGGAAAGAAGCCGAGAGCCCGCCUUCCCUGUCCGAAUUCCAGCCCUCGCUUCCCCCAGCCCCAAAGCAGGCCACACCCACCCCCACAUCAUUCAGUCAGAAAAGAGUAAUUACUUCACCACGCUGUCCAACAGUGUAGUGAACGAGCCUCCAAGGCUCUACCCCUCCAAGGACCUGGGCUCUUAUUACGAUAAAGUAUCUGGAGCUUCGGGGGUGGUGGCCAACAUUGGGACGGCCAUGCCGACCCAGGGGUCCCUGCCCCAGGGUUAUGGCUCCAAAUCUUCCCUCUCCAAGCCCCCACCCCUCAUUAAGCACCAGCCAGAGGGAGGAGAGGGUUUAGCUGGGAAAAUCACAGAGCAGCUGAGUCAGCAGGUGACGCUGGUUCAGCAGCACCACUCCCACCACACUGCUAUGGACAGGAUAGAACGCCGCAGCCCCGCCAUCUCUCCUCUAUCUUCGUCUACGUCCUCCUCCUCCUCAGCCUCCAACCACCAUCACCACCAACAGCAGCAGCAGCUCAGGGCAAUGCCAUCACUUCACCGCGCGCCCGUCCAUCCGCCCACACAACACGCACUGGAACGCAAAGAGGCUGCAGAGCGAGAGCGUGAACGAGAGAAGGAGCGGGAGCGGGAGAGGGUGGGUUAUGGUGGACGCCUGUCCCCCCCAACUCUCACACCCAUCCAGCCUGUUAGCUUAGCUGGUAGCAAGACAUCAGCAGAGCAGCAGAAGCCCCCGCUGCUGCCUGAACUCAGGGACAUUAAAGGUCAUGGAAAUGCCGCCACCGCUGCCACAUCAGCAGCCUCAGGCAUCGGUGGGGAGAUUAUGACAUCAUCAACACAGCGCUGGGGAGGAGACAUGAUUCAGGAAAGAGGAGGGCUGAGGGGGAAGCCUCAAGCUGCAAUGGCAUCAGUCAUUGUGCGUCCUUCAACCUCUGUGAAGUACGACAGUGCUUUUGGUGCUAAUAAAUCUGGUGCUAUGAUCCAAAAGGAGCCCCCCCAGGGGAGGUUCUACACAUCCAAGUUACAGGGAGAAAACCCCCGACCAGAGAGCGGUAGGGUUAUCCAGCACAACUCUAACCUGGAUGACUUAUGUUAUAAUAAAAAGACAUCUGCCCGUGGCACACAAGGCACUGUGGGAGCCACCAGCACAAACUCUGUGUGCAGGACUCCUGGCUCCGCCUCCACAGUUUACGGCGCACAGAGUAAAACUGGGCCGGCCAGCGAACUGGGUUACUCCCCUGGAGGUGACAUCACACAUAAAGCUGGCAUUUGUAGCCGGGUCAUGAGCCACUCUGUACCAGGAGAACUCCACGAUGGACUAGGAUCACGCACUACAUCUCCAGGAGGGUCUUUGCCUCCUCCCAGUCCAGCAGGGACACCUCAGCCCAGCCCCAGCCUCACCCCCACCCCCACAGCCACACCCUGCUCCGUUUCUGGCUCCACCCAGCCUUACUCACCCUCGUUUAUACACCUCAAGAAACACAAAGCCGCCUUAGCUGCAGCUCAGUCCAGAUGUAACUUGUCAGGUGCGUCCCCGUCUGUCACAGCGGGAAACCCCCUCACUGUGGAUUCAGUUGACAAAAUUCACAGCUCCCCCCCUCUACCCACCUCCACCCAAGCCUCUUCGUCCUUUAAUGACAGCAGCAGCUCAGUGAGUGGCAGCACAACGCCGGGCAAGUCCAGCCCCCUGCCCAACGGCCAGUCGCCCGCAUCCGCAUCGACCAGCAGCAGUCAGCCCAGUAACUACCACAAACUGAAGGCCUGGUUAACCCGGCACUCAGAGGAGGACCGCAACACCACAGCUACAACCAGCUCUACUGGGACUAAAGCAGAGAAAGUGCCCAGUAGCAACAGCAACAACAGCAGCAGCAGCAGCAGCAGCAGCGGAAACACAAACACCACCACAGCCAUGUCAGAAAAUAAACCCUGCACUGUCAAUCUGAGCGCUUCCACUUCAAGUGAGGUUGAGAUGAACAAAGAGAGUGGAAACAAAGGAGAGAGGGAGCGGCACCCCGAUGAGAAGGCAGCUGGGGGGAGGAGGAGGUGAGGAAAGGAGGCGCCAUCCGCACGGCGAGGGAGCAAACGGACGUAUGACUCCGGGUCAGACAGCGGCGGCGACGACUCGGACACCAGCGAGAGCAAUGGCCGAGCCAAGCGUCAGCCAAAGCCCACCUACAAGAAGAAACAGAACGACACGGCUAAAAAGAAUGGAGACGACAAAGAUGAGGACGACGUCAAGCCCAACGGGAUUUUCAGAUCGGCAAUGGAGAAGACCAAGCUCAAACUGGCCAGCAGCAAUGGAAUUCCCCGUUCUGUGCUGAAAGACUGGAGGAAGGUGAAGAAGCUGAAGCAGACCGGAGAGUCAUUCCUACAGGACGACUCCUGUUCAGAAAUUGGACCCAACCUGCAGAAGUGUCGUGAAUGCAGAGUGAUUCGCAGUAAGAAGGGGGAGGAGCCCACCCACUCCCCCGUCUUCUGCCGCUUCUACUACUUUAGACGCCUGUCCUACAGUAAAAACGGGGUGAUCCGGAUGGACGGUUUCUCCUCUCCAGACCAGUUUGAUGAUGAAGCCCUGGCCCUGUGGGUCCCAGGGGCCAUGGAGGAGAGUCACCUGGACCAAACCACUGCCAAGUACAUCCUCAGUUUCAUUGGAGAUAAGUUCUGUCAGAUGGUGGUGACGGAGAGCACAGCGGCUUCAUGGGUCAAGAAGGACGCCAAGCUGGCAUGGAAGCGAGCGGUCAGGGGCGUCAGGGAGAUGUGUGACGCCUGCGAGGCAACGCUGUUCAACAUCCACUGGGUUUGUCAGAAGUGUGGCUUUGUCGUAUGCCUGGACUGUUACAAAGCCAAGGAGAGGAGCUCCAAAGAUAAAGAGCUGUACGGCUGGCUGAAGUGUGUGAAAGGCCAACCCCAUGAUCACAAACACCUGAUGCCCACACAGAUCAUACCUGGCACAGUGCUGACUGAGUUGGUGACUUCCAUGCAUUCAGCCAGAGACAAACACAACAUCAAGUCUUUCUGUCCCUGCACCAACAAACAGAACCUCCUCACCAAACUCCCAGCCACAAACGGAGUCUCCCAGGUCCUGCAGAACGUUCUGAACCACAGUAACAAACUGUCCCUGGUCAAAGCAGAGCCUGGAUCUCAGCAGCAGACUCCAGACCAGGGAGGAACCAAAGCAGAGACUAAUGGAGGAGGGGGAGGCAGCAGCCCGGCCAGUGAUGCAGGAAGUGCCCCCGUCACCCCCCCAGAGUCCCAGUCCCCCCUGCACUUCCUGGCCAACCUGGCCGAGCAGAAGUCCAGAGAGGAGAAGAAGGAAAACAAGGUCGUGUUGCUCAGUAAAUCAGUGAAGGAGGAUAAGGAUGGAGACAGUCUGGAGGUGCUGCAAGCAGUGUAAGACCACAGCCCUGGUCUCCACAAUACAGAGCAGGGCUCCACCCUGAGGGACCUGCUCACCACUACCGCGGGAAAACUCAAACUGGGAUCCACCGACGCCGGCAUUGCCUUCGCUCCCGUCUACUCGACUGCAUCACAGCCCGGUAAAGGCGGCCGCACCAUGCCCAACAUACUGGACGACAUCAUUGCAUCCGUCGUUGAGAAUAAUCCAGCAAGUCGUCAGAACAUCAAAAUUAUCAUUAAGCAAGAGGCCGUCACCCCAGCAACAACAGCAGCCCUACCCCCGGUGGUUACUGAGGACACCAAACCUGACAGGAAGAAGGCGUCGCCCAUCACAGCAGCAGGGCCGGAGGAAUCCACCAAUCAGUAUCCAGACAUUCCACACUGUUGGUUAAACAACAGACGCCUUCUGUGGCAAGACCACCGCAACCAGAACAACUGGAAACUGUUCAGAGAAUGCUGGAAACAAGGACAGCCUGUGUUGGUGUCAGGGAUCCACAAGAGGCUGAACUCUGGACUGUGGAAGGCCGAUUCCUUCAAUCAGGAGUUUGCAGACCAUCAGGGAGACCUUCUGAACUGUAAAGACCAGGUGGUCUCCAACUCUGGAAUUAAGGAGUUCUGGGAUGGAUUUGAGGACAUCACCAAGCGACCAAAGUCCACAGAUGGAGAGCCCAUGGUGUACAGGUUGAAGGACUGGCCAUCUGGAGAGGAGUUCAUGGCUCUCAUGCCCUCAAGGUAUGAUGAUUUGAUGAAGAACCUGCCCCUCCCAGAGUACUCGGACCCCGUGAACCUGAACCUGGCCUGCCCACCUGCCUCGUUCUUUGUCAGACCGGAUCUAGGACCAAGACUCUGCUGCGCCUACGGUGUGGCUGCAUCUCAGGACCAGGACUUUGGGACCGCCAACCUCCAUGUGGAGGUGUCGGAUGUCGUCUCUGUUCUGGUCUACGUUGGAGUAGAAGGCAAUGGAGUCCUCUCCAAAACUGGAGUGUUGAAGCGUCUGGAGGAGGAGGAUCUGGAUGAGGGGGUCCGAAAGAGGCUGAAGGACUCCAGCGAGACACCAGGGGCGCUGUGGCACAUCUACCUCAAUAGAGACAUGGACAAAGUCCGCGAGUUCCUGCACAAGCUCUGUAAGGAGCAGGGAUUGGACAUGUCCCUGGAUCAGGACCCAAUCAGAGAGCAGGGCUGGUACCUGAGCAGGAAGCAGAGACAGCGGCUGAUGGACGAACACGGGGUUCAGGGAUGGACCGUGGUCCAGUUCUUAGGAGACUCUGUCCUCAUACCAGCAGGUGCCAUGCACCAGGUCCAGAACCUCCACAGUUGUGUUCAGGUCAUAAAUGACUUUGUUUCUCCUGAACACGUGUCCAACUCGUUCCAUCUGACCCAGGAGCUGCGUCCCACCAAAGAGGAGGUCAACUACGAAGACAAACUACAGGUGAAAAACAUCCUGUUCCACUGUGUGAAGGAGGUGGUGACGUCCCUGAAGAGGAGCAGCGCUGUGGAGGAGGACGUUGAAGACAACUCAUGACCCUCCACCACCACCUCACCCACAGUGCAUCACACACUCACCUCGCUCCACCUCCUCACAUGGAGGACUAUGUCAUGUGACCAAGGCGGUUCACUUGGGGCUCGUCCUUCAUCAUCGUCAUCGUCAUCAUCAUCAUCAUCCCAAACCUUCAGUGCCAAGAGGAGAGACAGAGGAGGACGGACGUCUGGACGGACAGGGAACACGGACAGGGAACACAGGGGCAUUCUGGGACGCAGAGGCCUAGACGGUAGGAAGCCUUAUCAAAGCCACUAUGAUAUAGACGGAGCAGGGCCUGGUACCGCCCACAGUGUCUGGUACCACCCACAACGUGUGGAACCGCCCACAGUGUGUGGAACCGCCCACAGCGUGUGGAGCCACCCACAGCGUGUGGUCCCAGGCCUGAUGAAGACAGCGCCCUCUGCUGCUCCCCCCCAUGUCACAGACUGGGGAUGUGUGCAGAGCAGGACACGGAGCGUCCGUCUGUUCCAGGAGCCUCCAGGGUAGAAGAGCACGACAGCAUCACCAGCAGCAGCAGCAUCAGGAUCCAAACUGUCAUCUCUGAUGUUUAGACACAAAAAAUUUUAAAAAGACAAAAAAAAAAACAGAUUCAAGGGGAAAAAUGCAACACAGAGAAAUCUCAGAUGUUGAGUUGAGCAAACGUUUCUGCUGCUCCCUCAGUUGUUCCUUCUGUAAUCUAUCUGUUCUGUCUUUGGCUGUUUUUGUUCGGGAUUUUUCUUUUCAUACACACUUUGUUUAUUUCCUCUGUGAAGAUGUAUUUAUUUUAUAGUUCUAUGGUAAUGGAGACAAAACAGCAUUAAUGUAAUGUGACUUGUACAGAUUUUUUUUUUUUAAUUUUGCUAUGUGGUUUUCAGUUGAAAUACGGCUCUACUGUGAUAGAGGACACACACACACACACACACACACACACACACACACACACCAGCUAAUGCCUGUAACUUUGGGAAAAGGUUGAUGAGCUCUCAGUCCUCAUGCCAUAAAUACACUUUUGAAAAUGAACUGCCAAACUAUUGUAAAGAGUGUAAAGUUGUAUUAUGUAAAAAUAACAAAAUGGCUUCUACACUUAAGCAUUUUAUGGAAAAGUAUUUGCUGUACAAUUGAGACAUUUACAAAAAAGAUGUAAUUUAUUUAAGAAAAUAAUUAAUUGUCUUGUUUUUGUUUUGUUAAGAUUUACUAUGGUGAACUUUUGAAGUUAAAAGAUAAUGAAAAACUUAACUAUAAUGUAAAUAUAUACAUAUAUACAUUCACUGAGGUAUUUUUUUAAAACAUGGCUUGCUUCAAUUUUAAAUUUUAAAGUGCAAGUGUUACAUGCUUUGUACAUUGAAGUUCAGAAGGGUUUUACAUUUUCCAUUAAAAUGGAUUUAUCAGAA